AUGCUGAGUGACUCUGAGGCCGCGGAGCUGCUGUCCUUCCUGACCCCCGCCACCCGCCCCGAUGUGAAGGCGAAGGCCACCGAGUACAUCCUGGGCCUGUCGGGCCACAGGGAUGGCUGCCGCCUCCUCCGCUCCAAACCCGACGUGGUGUCGGCCCUGGUGGCGCUGACCUCUGACCCCUCGGUGGCCAUAGCCAAGGACUGCUACCACAUCCUCAUCAACCUGUCGGCGGACGAGACGCUGCACCAGGUCUUGCAGGAGGAGAUGGGUUUGGCCCAGCUGGUGGAGAUCUUCUGCACAGAGGGCUUCAAUAAAAAGGCCAAGCUGCACUACCUGGGCCCGCUGCUGUCCAACCUGAGCCAGCUGCCCGAGGCCCGGAGCUUCCUGAUGGACAAGGACAGAUGUGUGAUCCAGAGGCUGCUGCCCUUCACUCAGUACCAGCCGUCCGUGGUCAGAAGGGGCGGAGUCAUCGGGACGCUGCGCAACUGCUGCUUCGACCACAGUAAGACUGAGCUCCCCCCUACCCCCCCCCUCCCCUCCAAACCCCCCGCCUCCAGGAAGAAGUAG